UACCGGUACCGGUACAGUACAUUGUACCGUUUCCGCUCCUACCGCCGUUCUACGGCACGGAAGCAGCUCAUAACUUCCGAGAGCUCAAAAAGUCGAUUACCAUUAUAGUGUUGCACACAAUACAUUCAUACCGUAUUCAUACAUUCAUCCACGCAUGGUCAAUCAUCGUUUCUCGAGUACAGUUGACAAACCCUACGGAGCCAAGACAGGGAUAAGCCUCAAAGAUGGCCCUGGUGGCUUUGCUGUGGUGGUCUCACAAGUGCACCAGAACAGUCUUUUUCAAGGAACUUCUGUCAGAGAGGGCCAGAUGGUUCUAACGAUAAACGGUGUUUCCGCCAAACGACGACACGCUCGGGAUUUGAGUGAAGUGAUUCAGAAGACCCAAGGAGCCCUGGAAAUCGUCACCACGACUGUGCCACCAGGAGCCAUGCCAGGUGGACAGUGGGGAUAUAAAGAGUAUGGUCAAAUGACAUAUCGGCACGAGCAAUGGAAUGGGAAAACCGAGACACGCUGGAAUCCCAACGCCAAAGUGGAAAGCCGACAACUCUACAAAGCUCCAGAUGGAAAUUAUUACCUAGAAGAUGGUAGAGUCCGCAGAAAAGAAGGAGCUGACCACCCAUUGAAUGUCGUCACGGGAAUCCCCAAACCGCAUCAGAUUUUCUUCAAACCCGACGACCCCAAGAAUGAUCCCUACGAUUUUGGACCCUCCUUGACCAAGUUUGCGCCUCAUUCUGCAUUCUGCAUGGUAUGAACAGUAUGAAAAGACGGCAGUGUAGGUCGGUUCUUUCCUUAUUACUCGUGUCAGUACAAGACUUCCAACCACCAAACUUGCAUUGGGCUAGAUCUAAACCUCAUCUGGUCCAAGACUAUCUAUCUACUCGGACUAUUCAAGAUCCAAGGCUUGUAAAGAUGCCUGUGAUAAGAUGCCAGAUGAGAGACAAAUGUACGCAAUGCAAGCCAACAAUAUAAAGUUAUAGCUUUCGUACAUGUAACAAAU